GGGCCCUCUCGGCGCGGUGGGCUCUCGGCCUCCGCUGACCUUGGGUCCUGGCCUGCGUGCGCCUCCGGCCCCGGCCUCGCCGUCCGCGACGGGAGCUCGGCCAGUAGCCUGCCGCGGGCAGCGUGGCCGGGGCCUGCUCCGCGCUGGUUUGCCCGCGUGCUGACCCUGUCCUCGUACUCUUUUGGCCGUGGAGCUCCCACGACCUGCCAGAGGUGCGCAGCUGGUCAGUGGCGGAGCCAGAAACCAAGUCAGGCGACCCCCGGCCGGGGCCUUGCGACCGAGGCUCAAAGGGCCAGGCCCACUGGGACUAUGCUUCAGAGCAUUAUCAAAAACGUCUGGGUCCCCAUGAAGCCCUACUACACCCAGGUCUACCAGGAGAUCUGGGCAGGGACGGGGCUGAUGGCCUUCAUCGUUUACAAAAUCAGGAGGGCCGAUAAAAGAAAUAAAGCUUUGAAAGCUUCAAGCCCGGCGCCUGCUCAUGGUCACCAUUAACCAGCUCCGCGUGGAGAGUGCGUUGGACGAGCCACCAGGCUGGCUGUUAGGUGGGGCCCCGGACGUGGCUCUGCCCUCGUGUAAGCACUGCUGGCUGUGUGGCAUGAAUAAAUGUGUCUGUGACGUGACCUCUGCCUGUGCGGUGUGCUUUAACGCUCCCCGGUGGGCCCCCGGGUUCCGAGCAGACCCCUGGAUGCAGCAGAUGCAGGCAGAAACCCCCGAGCCUUCCCGCCUCUGGGAAACCCGAGGACGGAAGAGUGAACAGCUCCCUUUCCGGGGAGUCGGCGAUCAGGAUCUGGGUGCUCACUUCCGAAGUCAAUAAAUGUUUGAUACACA